AUGGCAACGGUCCUUGGAUACGAGCAGGAGGAAGCGCGCUCACUGUGGCGGACUGAUAACAACAUCAACAACAUGGAGCCUCCGCAGCGGGCGGCAGCGUCUCCUCAGUCACCAGCAGAUGAAGAUGUGAGUCAGUCUGUUGGACAAACAUCCACAAACCAACUUGAAGCUCAAAGUCACAGUGAUGCGGAUCAGGACCAGAGGCAGCCCAGGCUGGAAACAGAUGACAGGGAGCUUCAGCAGCUGUGGGGACGCUCUUUUCAACCAGAAUUUCAGGACAGUAACCUGUCUCCAGCCCUCUCCCUGUUGCCUGGAGCGGGACACAACUUCACUGAUUAUUCUUUAUUCCAACAAAGUGACAAUGAAUUUGUCCCUUUAAGGGCAUAUCCAGACAUUUCCCUGGCAUCAGAGAGGUUUCACUCUGCAUCCCAGGAUCGCACCACUCAGGCCUCAGAGCAGGAAUCACUGUCCCAGCAUCCUUUGGCUCAGGUGACCAGACUGUCUGAAGAAGGAGUGAGCAGCUGCUGCUCGCUGUCCCAGCACAGUUUGUCUCUAACAGAUGAGCACAGACAAGAGGAAACUAUUCACUCACCACUGACUGACAAACAGAGAGUACCACGGAGCAGAGAGAACGUCUCCAAGACACUGACUGACCCUUCAAACAAGUCAGCAGGAGAAGCUGCUGAAAAUGAGACGUUCUUCCUAAGUAAGGACGUUCCUGCUCAGCGUCUUCUGGAGCUCCUUCAGAAAGAUAUCGGUAUGCCAAGCAGCAGCAGCAGUGCCGUUUCCUCUGCUUCUGAAACCUCUGUGAAGGCAGCUGCAGAGUCUCAGAGCCUUGAAGUUACCAAACCACACACUGACCAAAGUAUGUUUAGGAGAGAGGGUCCUCCAGGUGAAGCUUCUCUUCCCCAGCAGCAGACACAACAACCUGACAGAGAUUCACACUCUAACCAAUCACGAUCAUUGUCGUCUGAGGUCUGUAACAUCACCACGGGGCCUCGCAGCACGAAACCUGAUGACAGUAGUGAAGCGUUACACAGAGCGCUGCUGUCUGAGGUAGAGAGGAGUAGCAGCCAUGAAGCUGAAUCUGAAAACCAGCAGCUGAAAAGCUCCACACCACCUGGUCAGUCCCUCACACCGCAUCCCACAGCAACGUUUGAAGGCAAGCCCAGUGUGACCAGAACAAAUCCAGGUGGGGUGCCGUGGACAGGACCGUUUUCAGUAGGUGUCUUGCGGGGUCACAGAGAACAAGACCUUUGGUCCUCAGGGAACCAAACAGGGAUCGAUGGGUCCUACCUGGGUUUCCUUCCACAGUCUCAGUCCACUCCUGGGGCGUUUAAGGCCCCUCCCAAGUCCAGCGUCAAGGCUAAAUUAGGGCAACUUUCUGCCAUAGAAUCCAAUAAAGAGAACUCAUAUCAGUCAGGGAUCUCUCCACAGCCAGCUGCUCCUGUGGCUGAUGUCCAUCUCCCAGACAUAGUAAAUCAGAGCCAAGAGGAAGCUACCUCUGCAAAAGUCCAGUCUCUCCCAAGUCUCAACUUUAUGCAGAAAGUAGACGCCUGGAGGAUAAAUCAAAGUUCAGGAAAGACAUCACUAUUUGAUAGUUUAGCACUGCAGGGAUUCUCUGGCAUCUCUCCCAAAAAGAAAGCUUACGAUGCAGUAUCUGACUCCCUGAAUCGCAUCCUGAGUCAGCAGGCAAUGAGUUUACAACAGCCUCCUGUUUCAAGUGCUGCCAACCAGGAUGUCACACAGAGCUCCUCCACGGCUCCCUCGGGCUCUUCUUCUACAAGAAGAGGGGAGGCGGUGGGCAGCGCUCCCAGUGACAAAGACAACACUGGUUCUGCAGCAAGACCCUCCACCUCGUCCUUCGGCAGGUCACAGUCCCACUCCUCCCUCAGCACCGUGGUCAUGUCGGCCCAGAAAAAUCAGCCAGUGGAGAGACCUGCAGAAGAAGAGAACAGUCAGACUCAGGACGAUGUCCGUCAUCAGCCAGCUGCCACAGUUCAACCUGCGGCUCGCGUGAGCCUCAGUCGGUUCAGCGACGUGUCGCUUGAUCGAGAUUUGACACUCUCAAGUUCCCAAGGUAGUUACAGCAGUGGAGUUAAAUUAGGAACUUCGGUCGGAGCGUCUUCUGCUGUCAGUCUAGAGGUCGAUAACUACGCUCCUUACUGGACGUCCAAACUAUCAACACCACCUCCUCUGCCCAGGCCGCGAGAGCUCAACAUUGAAGAACGAAUUCCGUUGUAUCUCCAUAACCUGGGUAUUGAACAGUCUCCCUCAACAAUCUUGACUCCAUUUGUGCCCAGAGGGCCAAUCAGAGAGCCUGAAUUCUCUCCCACUGAUCUCUGUACAAUUAAAGGAUCUGUUGGAACCCCGACCAAGAGCACGCAGCCCUCUGAAGGUGACAGUCCUCAUAAAGGAGAGUUUUCCAGGUCCAGCAUUCUGUCAGUGGACUCCAGUAUGUCCAUACCUCUGAGCCUGGACAGUCUCGGUCCAGGUGUAUCCGUCCCAGAGCGGACCAGACGGGCUUCUCCCUCUUCAGACACAGAUGAUAUCCAGAGUGAGCGCAGACUGACACACUCCUCCCCGCCCAGUGAAGACUUGUAUCCCUCCACACUGCAGACCACCCAGCAGGAGCACAUGAACAGCAGCUUAACCAGCAGCCAGAACACCAUCCAGCUCGGGGACAGGUUUGACUCUGAGCCCUUGGUAGAUACCAAGGCUAGGUUUGGGGACAGAGACUCAGACUCUACCUUACAAACUAGCCGUAGUUUGGAGCGAAGUGCAGCAGAUUCUGUCGUUAGCUCCAAAGCUUUGUUGGAGAUCCGUAAACUUCUCUCUCAGGCGGAGAACAUGGUGUCUACUGGGUCUUCAGGGGCCUCCUCACCCUCCCCUGCUGCGCCUCGUCUACUCUCUGAUGAUGACAUCUUCCUCUCACUGAGGAAGAAAACCAGCAGGCUCCAGGACUCCUCGUUCUCCUCCUUCUCUGCAACUGUGGAUCCCAGGACUGGAUCCUCCCUGCUGUGGGUGAGGUCCUCGUCUGACUCCAUGUUGACCUCAGAGAGACUGAGAGAAACCUCUAUUGGUCAAGAGAGUGUGACCUCACCAGGUCAGCCUCAUUAUCCAUCCACACAAGCUCUCAUUACCACAGGUGCAUACAUUAGGCCACAGGAUAGCUCUGUUGAUAGAGAUGCAGGGUCGUCCCUCGUCCUCUCCCAGUCAGCCCGACGUGCAGAACCUGAGGGCUGCAGCGCUGCUCCUCCUGAUAACACAGUCCCACCACAGCCACCAGUCAGCAAGCCUCUACCAGGUUUGAGUACACAACAGAUCCCCUCUACUCCUGCAGACUCAGCAGGUGUCUCAGACAACGACAGAAGUCCUGCACAGAGCAGCUCCUCCUCACCCAUCCAAGAGGACAGUGAUCAGGGCGUGAUGAGUGACGGGAGCAAUGAGAGCUCGCUGGCAGUCAGAGUGGCCAAGUUACUGCAGAGUGAAUCUCCGGCCACUAUGGUGUCCAGUACACCCAGCGUCACUGACCAAGAGGAGAGCAAAGCCAGAGAGUGGAUCAAACUGAAGAUAUCAGGACAGCAGUGUGAGCCGCUGGAGUUGGACAAAGAAGACAGAAAGCGGAUUGAAGAGAUCAAGAGAGAGCUGCUGUUGAAAAACCCUCUGAAGAGUCAGGGAAGCACAGAUACAGAGAGCAGUGCAGCAUCCAGCGUCAGAGUCCACAAGGAGCAGGUUCAGCUUCAGCCAACAGACACAGUCACUGCCUUUCAUGACUCCAACAACCAGCCGUCCCAGCCGCUGCAGCACCUCAGCUCUCACAUCCCCUCAGAUCUCUCCACUGACUCCAGUGUGCAGCUUCAGAACCCUCCUCGUCCAGAUCUAGAGGUUCAGAUACGUGAGAUCGCUGCCAGAGAAGGGGUAACCCUCGCUCGGACAAACCCUCAGGCCCUCACGUCUAUCACCAUCGCCACACGCAGGCGCUCCACCUCCCCCUCUCCCUCCACGUCUCCUGCACCUCCCAUCAGUCCAGCACCUGAGCUGCUCCACCUGGCUGAGCUCUCCACAGGAGCACCUGAACAACCUAAAGCUAACAGGCAGCUUCCCUCAACCAUAGAUGAAGAGGAUGAGGCAACCAGAGACCCGGCGUCAGUGUUUGAACUAAGCAGUAGUCUCAACAUCGGAAACCAAAACUUGACUUCUACGAGGAGUCGGAGGAGGCAGGACGCUGUAGGAGGCCAGUUUGAAGAGCCGUCAAAGGAUUUAGGUGGAGAGGAUGUGAAAGCUAAAGAGGACAACACACAGUCUGUAAGGCGAGAUGGUGAGGUAUCUGUGCACGACAGCUCUGUUUCUGGUGCUAUUCACAAAGCUGAACAGACCACAGGUUCGUCCCCGACCAGGACAGGUCACGUCUCACAUGUCCACCUCACUCUGUCCCCCAAAGCCACAGACGUCUUUCCCAGUCACGCUGAUGCUGUAACGGGGCUGCCACGUAAAGAAUUCGUCCCCCUCAGACACUCCUUUGCUGCCACCAGCCCGGACGAAGGUGUCGGGUUGUCCAGUCCGCCAGAGUGGUACGACACCAGAGAGCCAAUAAGACUGCGGCGGCCUGAAAGAGCGGACACCUCCACGCUCUUCAAAACCACCGUGCCUCGGGACAGGAUGAUCUCCACGUCCACACAGUCUUUCACACCACGUCACAGAGUUGUUGUGUCACCAAGACCCUCAACCACUGAAGCACCAGCAGUGCCUGUCCUGUUGCCUUACAAACCACGAGGCAGUGAGGAGGUCUUUUACAUCCCUCAAACAGAAGCUGACAUCUCCUCCAACGACCCCUCUGACACCACCAUGGAGAGCUCCCACACAGGCUCAGAUGACGCCGUCCCCCCACGCUUCAGCAGCGAGGUCCUCGGGCACCAAGAUGCUGGGUUGGACCGAGGUGUCACCAUCAGACACUCAGAGGGGAUCUACAGCAAGAGGUUAAAAACGGCCACCUUCAAAAUGAACGAGCCCGAACACGGAGGUGCUCCUGUAUCAGCAGAUGGAACCUCACAAACAACACGUGUUACUGGAACUCCAAAAACAUCUUCUCAUGAAUCAGCUGCCGUCACCAGAGUGCCUUCAUCCAGCAGCCGAGGAGCCUCCAAGAGGGACCAGGGCACCAGCCCGGUCCACUUCCCCAGUAAUGAUCAUCCAGAGCCGAGCCGUGUGAGAUUUCAGCCAGUUCAUGUGGAUGUGGACUACGACAUGGUGAGCCAUCACCUGGACCAAAGCUCUGCUCCUCAGACAGGAGAGGAGCGAGGCGAGGUGAGGAGAGACUCGGACCUCCGUCACCCCGUCGCCCAGCAGAGCAGCAGCACUCUGGACCAGCUGUGGGAGCGGUUCUGUGAUCAGUGGAGCCUGGAGGAGUCCAGACCGACCAGCGACAGAGAGGCGUCGCUGCUGCAGCGGCUGGAACGCCUGUCCCGUCUUAUUCAGAACACAAGAGGUGCUAACAUGUCAGAGAGGAGGGGAGGAGACGCUCCAGAGAGAGACAGAAAGAAGGGCAGUGGAGAGGUGAAAAGGAGUGGAGGUGGUGAAGCCAGAGGAGGAAGAAAGGUUGAAGGUAAACCUCCCGUCCUUCGUCAGGCCUCCACACAGAGGCUGCAGGUGGAGGAAACUUCUCAAUCUGUAGAUGAGGACCGCCGAGACUCCUUCACCUCCUGCUUCUCCCAGGACUCCUCUCAGAGUCCACACCUCUGUCCUGCAGACCGGGACGAGUCAGAGACCCUGUCCUCCAUGUCUGGCUCCAUGUCCACCGUGGACACAGCGCGGCUGGUCCGAGCCUUCGGCGCCCACAGAGUCCAGAUCCUGAAAACAAGCUCCAGCCUCAGUAAACUCUACAGCACCAUCAACAAGCAGAAGGAAGGGAGGGAGCAGAGGAGAGGAAGAUACAAAGAGCCGCCUCACAUCAUCACGCUGUCAGAGACCACCAUCACAGAUGAGUCCACGGUUACUGCUGAUUCUGCAUCAUCAACCAGCACUUACACGCUCCCAUCACACCGCGGCCCCUCCAGGAUGCUGGCAGCUAAGAAGGCCGUUAAACUGGUCAGCAGAGGCAUCCAGGCAGGUGACCUGGAGCUCGUCAGUAACGGGACUCGACGACACACCAGAGACGUUGGAACCACCUUCCCUUCACCUGGUGAGGCCAGAACUUCCAGGCAGGUCUCAUCUUCCUCAUCCAGCUUGGACAGAGGACGAGGAGGGAGGAAGAGUCCAUCCAAGAGCCAGGGCUCACAAAAACAGAGGAAGAGCAAGAGGACUCCACCAAAGACCUACCCUGAAGGUGUAUCAUGGUUCAUCGCUGCUGACGAGCUGAGGUCAGAGGCGAGGAAGGAGAACCGGCCGGAGGAAGAGGAGUCGACCUGGAAGCCGAGCACCGCCUGGUUUGAACCGUACAGCCGAAUCCAUCCGUGGAGAGAACCACUCAGACAGAGACAAGUCCACCAAGACAGAAACCAACCUCAGCCUGAACCUGAUGUAGAUCCAAGAACCAAAACGCUGUCCUCUGGUCUGACACAGAUCUCUCUACAGGACGCUCUGCUGAUGCAUCGUCCAGAGUUCAUCUCUGAGUCGAGGCGGAGGGUGAAGCGUCUGGCUCUGCAGGUGGAGGAGAGGAGGCUCCAGGCCGAUUUCAACAGAGAGUGCGAUGAACUGUUCAGCCGGCCUGGAGGACCGGGGAGGCUGCCGAAGCCUGCAGGCAGUGCUCUGCUCAGGAGAGCUGUUCCCAGGAAGGAGAUGAUCCAGAGAUCCAAACAGAUUUAUGAGAAUCUUCCGGAGGUGCAGAGGAGGAGAGAGGAGGAAAGAAGGAAAGCAGAGUAUCGAUCUUACCGACUGAACGCUCAACUCUACAACAAGCGGAUCACUAACCGUGUCCUGGGCAGGAGAACAGCGUGGCACUGAUCAAACACACCUGUCAAACUUUUUUACUGUAGAUUAAAUCAAUGAUGUGAAAAUAUUUUUACAAUUUCUGUAACAUUAAGAGCAAGACUACCUAACUAAAUUUGGCUUUAAUAUAUUUGUGACCACAGUUUUAGUUUGUAUUUUAAAGAUUAUGUAGAAAAGUAGAAUUCUUUUCUUCGUACGACCAGUGACCUGUGUUUAUUGGUUAAACUUGAAAAUGCCUUUUCAUGUAAAAAUAAACUCGAUUCUUUAUCA